CCGGAUCUUUGCUUCCUCCUCUUAAUUUAAUCGACCGUGUGUCCUCAUCGUCUCACUUCACUGCAAGCAAAACCCUAGCUAGACCGACAAGUCUGCCUAAAAAUUGCCCUUAGAUCAUCUGUUGGCGCUUCCAAGUUUCGUCAUCACCGAAUUUGAGUAAUGGCGAGAAAGCGAAAGCAGGAGUCUUCUCCGAUCGUUUCCGCCGAAGCAAGUCAACCGCCGAAGAAGCAACAACAGCAGCAGAUAAAGCAAGAACAGCAGGAGCUACAACAAUUGAAACAGCAGCAGGAGGCUGCGGCCCGAGAACAGCUUGUUGCUGUUGAGUAUGAAGAAGUAGAAGAAGAAGUCGAAGAAGAAGUCGAAGAAGAAGAGGAGGAGGAAGAAGAGGAGGAGGAAGAGGAGGAAGAGGAGGAGGAGGAGGAGGAAGAGGAAGACGAGGACAAUCAGACCGCUAAUGAAGACGACGACGAACCUAUACAGAAGCUUCUAGAACCAUUCAGCAAGGACCAACUCAUCGCUCUGCUCUUUGAUGUAGCAGCUGCGCAUCGCGACGUGGCUGAUCGCAUACGCCAGAUGGCCGAUGUGGAUCCAGUGCACCGUAAAAUAUUUGUCCACGGCCUUGGAUGGGACGCCACUGCAGAAACCCUAACCAACGCAUUCAAACAGUAUGGUGAAAUUGAGAACUGCAAGGCCGUCUGUGAUAAGGUCUCCGGCAAAUCAAAAGGAUACGGUUUCAUUCUUUUUAAAACUCGUCGGGGCGCGCGCAAUGCCCUGAAGGAGCCCCAGAAGAAGAUUGGGAAUCGCAUGACUGCGUGCCAGCUUGCAUCCACCGGCCCUGUGCCUAUUCAUGCGGGAGUGCAGUCAGCCCCUUCGCAGCAGCAGCAGCAGCAGCAGCAAGUGUCUGAGUAUACACAGAGGAAGAUUUAUGUGAGUAACGUCGGGGCAGAUUUGGAUCCAAAGAAGUUGACUGAAUACUUUGCGAAGUUUGGUGAGAUCGAGGAAGGGCCAUUAGGGCUCGACAAGUUGACUGGCAAGCCAAAAGGGUUUUGCUUGUUUGUGUAUAAGGCGAUCGAGAGUGCCAAGAAGGCUUUGGAAGAACCACACAAGAGUUUCGAGGGUCAUAUGUUACAUUGCCAGAAAGCUAUUGAUGGACCAAAACCUGGGAAGUCUCAGCAUAUGCAACAUCAGAAUGCAAACAAUCCCCAAUCCCUGAGGAAUGACAGUGUAGGGUUUGCAGGUGCAGCUGCUGCAGGACAUGGGCAAUUGAACCCUGCAGGAAUUGGGUUUGGCCAGGGGGCUGCAGCUGCCCAGGCAUUGAACCCCGCACUUGGGCAGGCGCUUACUGCUUUGCUUGCAACUCAAGGUGCUGGGUUGGGGCUAACGAACUUCUUGGGAACUCUAGGUUCAGCUACGGCUGUUAAUCCAGCCAUGCCUACUGCUGGUCAUGGAUUGCAGGCAGCAUACGGAAGCCAGAUGAACAUUAGCCCUGGACUAAUUGGUGGAGGAUAUGGAAGUCAAGCUGGAUAUGCAAACCAGCAAAUGGGUCAAGGUGCAGCUGGUAGAGGGCAGCAUGCCGGACAGUUUAGUGGCAGUGGACCAUAUAUGAGUCAUUAGACCCUGAGAGAUCCAACAAAGGUGCAUCAGUCUUUUAGUACUGCCUUGGUGAUUAAUCUGAAGUUUCAAGAGCUCAUGCAAUCGCCAUAUUUCUGCUUAUGAUGAGAUUGUUUAUCAUUGCUACCAAGACUACAGUAUUUAAAAUGUCAAAUGGAGCUUUCGAUUUUAUGUACUUGUUUUUGCCUACUCUUUGCCGCUGUGCUACUUCUAAAACAUCCAGUGUUUUCACUUUCAAUGUGAUUUUCAUUAAAAAUUAUGUAGUUCAAAUUUCCAAAUUCGUUUUCUUUGUGUUUGCGGUGUCUUCGAACUCUCCUUCCUAUGGAUAUUGUGGGACCUGCAUUAAUUUCUCUUUGA